AUGCGACCGUCCUCGCAGCCGACAGUCCACCGCCUGCUAAAGAAGCACAGCGACGAAUGCGGCACCGGCGACACAUGGCAGGCUGGUCAUGACGCAAGCCUCUACAACCAACUCUACAGCAAAAAUCGCGCGCUCUACAGCGCUCUACAACGCACGCAGUUCGUCCCGCGCCGGAUGUAG